GUGCAGCACAGCUCCGAGUGGCAAUCCCGCGGGAUUAAUUUACCAGGGACGGAAAAACAGUGAAGCCGCCGAGGUCGGGGUCAAGGAAUUUCAAGUGUUCCUAUUGGUCCCGUAUGACGAAUACGCUCUUCCAGUGGGUCAGGCUCCAAAGAGUCAUAAUUGAGAUCGGUCUGCACAUCUCUUCUUCUGAUUUUCUUCCUCUCCCAUCUCGUUUGUUUGUGAAAAAGUUCUUUGUCUCAAAUAACAUUUGUUUUUGUUUGACCUUGAUUUCGUUUCUUUUCCCUGAACGAAUUGUUCAAAAUGGCCACUGAAUCGAACGGUGCGCCUGCACAACCCCAGACUCGACUCUC